UUCCAAAUGGCUUGCUACAAGCAUUUUUAUGGGAAAAGAAAGAAUCACGUAGACUUGGUUCAUUUCUCUUCCUUUGUUCCUGAAACGCCGACUUCAGAUAAUACAGCAUGUCAUUAUCUGCUAUCAGCUCCCUUUGUAUCUCUGGGAGGACUUUCACCAGUUGAGAAAGAAAUAGCAAAGAUUUCAGGACCCUUGAAACCACGUUUCUUCCGCAAUCAAGCUGGACCCAUCAAUCGCUGGCAAUUUCCAUUCAGUUCUCCCUGUGACUUACUAGGAAUUUCACAAAGUAAUAAAGCGAAACAAACUGGCCUCCAUAAGAACUUGAUGAGAAUAAUGACAGUUGAUAGCCCUGUGCCUCUGAGGGAAGAAUUUGGGGCCUGGAAAACAGGUGCAGAACUGCUUGAUGAAUCUAGUGGCCAAUCUUUUUCAAGUAUGCCUCCCCAAAUCAAACCCAGACCCAGGAUAAUCUCCCACCAAAGACUUCCCAGUCAGAUGCUUUUCUCUUAUACACAGAAGAUCACAGAAGGCAUGGAACCAGAUGUAACUUUGAACUGUUUGGGCUAUGAAUGGGAGCUUCAUCGAAUGUAUUUAUUUAAAUCCCAAGUCCUUUCACAACUUCUUGCUGAAGCAACACAGAAUAGUGAUUCCUCAAACACAAGGAGCUUAUUGAAACCUAAAAAAGGUAUUGAAACCCAUUGUUAUAAACGCUGUCUACUAACUGGUCAUAAGCAUGAUGAAUUUUGCCAACAGAAGGGAAAAAUGCCAAAAGUCACCAUUGCUCUGGAAAUCAGCGAUCAAGAUGUCACUCGGUUUGCCUUUGCUGUUGCACUCAAGAACAUGUACAAUUCUGAAUCAGAAGUGAAUGAAGAAGAUGUUCUGGGAAUUCUGGCUGCAGCAGAAGUGUUACAGUUUCCUAGCCUUUUCCAAAAGUGCAUCCAGGUCAUGAGAAGAAGCAUCUGUCCUACCAAAGUCUGUAGCUAUUAUACUGCAGGCUGCAAGUAUAAACAAUCUUCUUUGAUCACUGCCUGUGAAAGAUGGACUGAGGUAAACCUUGUCCCACAGCUUGGCUCCCAGAUAUGUCUGCGGGACCUGCCACUGGAGCUGCUACAGAAAGUGCUUAAAUCUCCAAGGUUGUUUACCAUCAAUGAAUUCUACCUCUUGAGAACUGCACUAUACUGGGUAUUCCUGCAGCAAAAUCCCAAAAUUCAGAUAAUCCCAUCUUAUGAUACUAUCCUCACAUAUUUUAGCAGUUUACCCAAGACAUGUGCCUUCUUGGAAAGGGAAGAAGGACAGCAAUACAUGGCUAUUUUUCAGUCUCUCCGUUUACAUGGUGUCACUUCAAGUAAACAUCUAGAGGAGCUAUGGGAAAUUAAUUUCUUUCCUUUGCCGUGGCUUACAAGGAUCUUGUCUGAUCAUUACCAUGCACUACAGAAUGGUGGUGACAUGGCCUUUCAGGCAGACUUUAACACCCAAGCAGUGAGAUUUGGUCUGAUGCUCACGCAGGAACCAAGAUAUCAUGCAGAAGUAAUUUCCAUUUAUGGAUUCUUCUUUGAGCUAAAAGCAAUAAAACAUGACGCUUCAGCAUACAGUUUUUACAUGAAAAGAGUCAGACAUGCAGAUCCAAUUAUUUCUUACUUCACUGCUGAGCGUAGUCCUGUCAGUUUACAGAAAGAACGGGAAGUUAAGUAUGAAAUAAAAGCACAGUGCCAAAUAGAUGAAAAGUGGGAAGAAUUCACCACAGAAAGGCUUACUCAAAGGUUUGGAGUUAAGAAACCUUCUUCUAAAAGCAAGAUCUUGAAAGCAAGAAUACCAUCAGUUCCCAUCUAUGUGACAUUUUCGCUUCUUUUCCUAUCAUCUUAA